GGAAGUUAAUCCUCAGGUCAUGUUUGCUCCAGUUUGCCAUUGCUGACACCUGUGCCUCUUUGACUGCUCACUGUGCUUCUUGGAUGGCCUUUCUGUUGUGAACAUCAUGGUAAACAGUGCUAUGCUCAUUGUAGAACGGACAACGCUCAGAUUCCAAGCCAUGGGAAUGACCCUGACAGACUGUGUCAAUAGUAUUGGGCAGAUCAUAUUAGGACGUCUACAUUUUGCCAUUCGAUACUGUGAGCCCUCCCGCUGGUGGUUUCUGUAUUUGCCAUCUUUCUGCCUUCAAGCUAUAAGCUAUAUUUCAGUCUUUGAGGAUCCUGACAUGAAAGAUGCACGGAAUGAGGACACAUGAAUUCUGUUACAUCCUUGGUCAACAAUUGAGCAUUGUUUUACUAAUCUGUGUCUAUUGAGAAGCUGAACAGACAGUGUUGCCAGAUAACCUCAUAGACACUAAAUUAAAUUCGAAUUUUGGAUAAAAGACAC